CUCUCCAUCCAGCAGACGAGCGGUCCACCAGGGUACGAGCAGAUGAGCCUCGCCGCAGACGCUCGUGAGACCUUCCUCUCAGCUUCACCAUCUUGAACUUCUUUCAUCAACUAUUCAGUAUUGAACAUCUACUUGUAUGUAUCGCUUCGCAUUCUGUAUGAAUUCUCGACUCAUGGCGCGAAGGAAAGAGGAGGAAAAGUGACGGAGGAGCGUCUUCCCCGCUCCUUCACUGUGGUCGGGCUUCGAGCCAGCAAGAGAUGAGCAGACGCUGGUGAGAGGAAGUACCUGCCGCGAGUCAGCCAUGGCUGCUCACCGCAUCGUCAGAGUCAGUAGCAGCAACCUCGUGCUUCCUCGCUGCCGCUCUGAGGGGACACUCAUGGACCUGAGUGAGGGAGUGGGUGGGGCCAGCCUGACUGAUGUCAAAGUGCCUUCUCCAAGUGCCUUGAGACUGGACACAUCAGCGUCCUAUGAAGCUGCCCAGGAAGUGGUUGCCAUCAAGGAUUACUGCCCCAGCAGCUUUACCACUCUAAAGUUCUGCAAAGGUGAUCGUCUUUACGUGUUGGACACCUCGGGUGGCGAGUGGUGGUACGCUCAUAACAACUUGGAGAUGGGUUACAUACCCGCCGCCUACGUACAGCCAGUCCACUUGAGGAACUCUUCGCUCAGUGACAGUGGAAUGGUGGACAGUGCGGGCGAGGACUUCGGUGGCUUGGGGGAAUGGACUGGGGCGACCCCUGUCAAGCCCUUUGAGGCUGAAAACAACAGUAUUUUCUCUGGUAAUCCCUUUACCCAAGCGUUGGAUCAGAAAGACUCCAAGUUGAGGAAUUCAGCAGAUCUUAUUCUGUUUGACUCUCUGGGCUCUCCAUCAAGUAUGGACACCACCAAUGAUGCUUUCGACCAUUUUAACAGCGAGGUCAUACCAAACCUCCGCAGAGACAAUCCAUUUUUCAGGAGUAAACGUUCCCACAGUCUCUCUGAGCUCUCAGUCUUGCAGGCACAAUCAAAUCCAACAUUACCCGCCGCUGGGUUCUUCACUGGUCUCAAGGCUCCUUCACCCGAGCAGUUUCAAAGUCGAGAGGAUUACAGGACUGCAUGGUUAAAUCACAGAAAGUUGGCUCGCUCAUGCCACGAUCUGGACUCCCUGGGUCAGAGUCCUGGCUGGGGUCAGACACAGCCGGUGGAGACUAAUAUUGUCUGCAGGCUGGACAGCAAUGGGGGUGUCGUUCAACUGCCGGACACUCAAAUCAAUGUCCACAUCCCAGAGGGUCAUGUGAACGAGGGGGACUACCAGCAGAUCUCCUUGAAGGCCUUACUGGAUCCUCCUCUUGAGCUCAACAAUGAUCACUGUUCCACCGUCAGUCCGGUCGUGGAGAUAAAGAUCAGCAACAUGGAAACCAAGUUGUUUUUGACGUUGGAGAUAAAAGUGUCCGUCAGUGUGAAGAUGGAGAGCUGUGCCAACACAGAGAUACUUUGUGUACGAAGUGACUGCAAAGAAGGACCUUACACACCAAUUCCAAAUGCCUAUGUUUACAAGGAUACAGUCCAAGUGCAACUAGACAAUCUAGAACCCUGCAUGUAUGCAGCGGUUGUGGUCCAGUCUCCGCACCUAAGCCGCAAUACAACCGUUUGGGAUCAUGUGCACCGGAAAGUCACUCUUGGAGUCUAUGGUCCCAAACACAUCCAUCCCUCCUUUAAAGCAGUUGUGGCACUGUUUGGGCACGAGUGCACUCCUAACACCUUGCUAGUGGGCGAGGUCGGCCGCCCAACUUGCAGUAGCCCUGCAGUGGCGCUGCAGCUAUGGGGGAAGCACCAGUUCGUCUUGGGACACCCUCAAGACCUGCAGGUGGGAUUAUACUCCAACAUGUCCAACUACCAAGUGAAGGUGAGCGAAGGAGCUGGAGUGAUUCGGGGUUUUCAACUCAAGUUAGGAAAAGUCAGCAGGCUCCUGUAUAUGAUCUCAUCAAGCGAUCCAAACAAUAUGUCAGACUUCACGCUCAGGAUCCAAGUCAAGGAUGCCCUGGAUUGUAUCCUCACUCAGUUUUGUGUCCAAACCCCACAGCCACCACCAAAGACCAGCGCCAGAAUAACGGGUCAGAGACGCUUUCUGAAGAAGAAGGAGGUUGAUAAGAUUGUCCUGUCACCACUGGCUGUCACUUCCAAGUAUCCAAAGUUUCAGGAUCGUUGCAUUACUAACGUGAAGUUUGGGAAGUUGAUCAAAACGGUGAUCCGUCAGAACAAAAGCACAUAUCUCCUGGAGUACAAGAAGGGUGACGUCAUCGCUUUGCUCAGCGAGGAGAAGUUCAAGCUACGAGGACAAAUGCGGACCAAAGAGUGGUACAUUGGCUUCUACCAAGGAAAACUGGGUCUUGUCCACGCCAAGAAUGUUCUGGUUCUCGGUAAAGUGAAGCCAAUUUAUUGGUCUGGGCCAGAUUUGACGACCACAGCGCUGCUGGAGCAGAUACUCAAACCGUGCAAAUUCCUCACCUACAUCUACGCCACCGUCAGGACGGUUCUGAUGGAGAACGUGGGAAGUUGGAGAGCGUUUGCAGAUGCUCUUGGUUACAGAAACUUACCCUUGAAUUACUUCUGUCGGGCUGAGCUGGACAACGAGACGGAGAAGGUGGCGUCUGUUCUGGAGAAGCUGAAAGAAGAGUGCAUCAAUUUGGAGAACAAGGAGAGGAAAUCUUUCCAGAGGGAGCUGAUGAUGGGAUGAUGAGGCGUGCUGGGACCUUUAGAAGCUGGAGGAGAAUUAAAUUGGACACAGACAGCAGCCGAUGAAGAGUCAAAUUGGGCUGAACCUUACAUUUUUCGUUUGUUUGUAAGGAUAGCAUGAUUGGACCCAGACCCGGGCAGCUCCACGUUUCUGGACUUUGAUGUGGAAAGCGAGACUGCGCGGAUGUGGAACAGAGGGAAUCUAUUUGAAGUUUGCGUUUUCUCUCAUCUGCUGCAUCUGUUUGUCUGGAGUCAUGUGACCUCUCUGUAAUCUCUGAAGCACUGCCUGCUUUCAUGUUGAAGAAAGGGGCUUUUAUUCUGGCAGCUUUUUUUUUACCUUCCUGAAUACAGCAGGAGAACCUUGAGUCUUAUCAGUGACAGCAUGUCCAGCCCUGUACGCCGGACUGUACGCCAAGUAUAUGUAGUAUUUGCCUAAAGUCUUUCACUGCUGCAGAGUGAAAAUCUGAGGAAGAAAGAAAAAGUUUGGUUUUCUGGUUCUCCAGAACGUCUGCCCUCCUAUUUUGAGUGUCAAAUGUGUCCUCCAGGUUUAGGUGGACAUUCGUGGCUCUUUUUAAAUGAGAAUAGGUCUGCGCUGAAACUGAAAGUGUUUUAGUGGACCGAUUGGUCACUGUUCCUCUGUGGAGCGGACAGGUGUUCCCAUCUGACAUCUGAAGCCUCAUUGAUCAAAACAAGGGUCUGACUGGAGGGCAUUCGACACCGCCCCAGAUCCAGUUACCAAAAAUGAGAUCGUCUUUGAGAACAGCUUCCCUCAAAUCAAAAGAUCCAUCAACAUGGGAAGCACAAGGUUGUUUGUGGCGAAAUGGCUCCACGGUGGAGUUGAUUCGGUGAGUGCAGAGGCAGCGUGGGGCUGAAACUUCAGACACAGUUGUCUUCUGAAACCGUGCAUUUUUUAUGACCUGCACAAACACACGCACAUUCGUCUGAGAAACAUGAGAAGGUAGGCAGCUCCUCUCGGCUGCUCAAGCAGAGGGGAGGAUUUACCGUGGAAGAAACAUGGCCCACAUUAUUUUAACAUUCAGGUUACGUAACAUGAAAAAUAAGGGCAGAUUGUUGAUGAUUUAAUGAUACACUGAGAACCAGUGAAAUACUCAACAUCAACCCAGUAAGUUCUGGUGUUCACGUUUGGAGUUUUUUCUGUGUUGAAAUUAAAUUAUUAUUCCAUUUUAAACUUUAGCUUCAUUAUGCUUCAUAUAAACCUGGAUGAAUUUCAUCAUAUAGAUAAAGCAGAAUAAUCUGUCCCUUGUAUUUCGCCACAUUUGACUGAGACUGAAAUAAACAACAGUGCAGCUGGUCGUGAAGCAGCUGACAUCUUCUUGACCUUUGACCUCCACUUGGGUAACUGUCCCCUUGUUUAAGAAGACAACCUCUUUAGAGUAAUAUUUCCUCACCUCGGCAAUGGUUUUGGGACCUUUCUCCAGCCAUCAUGAAGUCAGUGUGUAAUGGAAACUAUGGAACAAUUAUUAAAGCAUACACUUUUAUAUAUAUAUAUUUUUAUUGUUAAUCAGAGCCUUUUGCUACAUACCUCGUUUAUUUUCCAUUCAUUCAUUUCCAUUCAGAGUCCUGGUUAAGGUUAGCCAUGUGUUUUGGAGGGUUAAUGGCAAUGAUGGCAAGGGAUAGCAAUACAAACCAAACAGAUGUGCGCUUGUUUAGUUGUUUUAAAUAAACAAAUAUGUAUUUGUGUAUUUGUUAAUUUAUUUGUUUAAAUAAAUCAAAUUUAUAUAUAUAUUAAAAAAAAAAAAAGUAAAUAAAUAAUAAUAAUAAUUACUUUUUUUUUAAAUAUACAUUUUAUUGUGAGGUUUCUCAUUACUGGAGAAAAGCCAGGCAACCCCAAGCACAGGGAGAACAUCUGAAUUUGAAAAUUACAGAAUGGAGGAAAGAAGCUAUAUUUAGAAUUAAUAAUGCAUAAUGAGUAAAAUUAACUACAAAUUCUUUCAGGGUUUUUAACUCCUUAGGGCCUGUAUCUUUAAUUUUCAACUUUGUUCGCACUUUUUGCACUCGCUUUUUAUGUCAAAUUGUGAAAAACAAAACAAUAUUGUGGCCCUCCUUAAGGGACACCCACGACCAGGAAUAUGGCAUAUCAGGACUCUUACUAACCCUGUCACAAUACUAACAAAGGCCUUGUGCGAGAAGUUGGAAAGAAAACAGGUGAAAAGAUUUGAGACCUCGUUCAACCUGUCCAGAAGACGUGCUCCCAGCUGUGUCAUGUGACUUGCUACAGAAGGAUGUUUAUAAAUAGCGCUUCAGACACAGAUAGAGCUAUUGUGAUGCUGACGUGAAGAUCAUGUAUCUUCUGUC